AUGGGUGGAGCGGGCUCAGUUAUUUUUCAAGGAGCAAUGCCAACUCAAGGUGGACUAGGUCCGGUUAUUCCACUGGGAGCAUUCCCAACCCAGGGUACAACAGGUCUUAAUAUACCAUCGGAAACGUUCCCACCCCAAGGUACACCAGAUCUGGUUAUUCCACAAGGAACAUUCCCACUUCAAAAUGGACCAAAUCCGGCUAUUCCGCAGGGAACUGCUCCAAUUCAAGGAGGACCAGGUGUGGUUAUAGAACCAGGUGACAUUGAAUGCAAUGAUCCUAUGAAUCGCAAGUAUCCAUGCUUUCAUCCUGAAUUGUCCCUCAGAGAUGACUGGGCACAAGCUAAACCAGGGUUCCGUUUACGUAUUCCUUUAUGGAAUUGA